GCGCCUGUCUCCCGGGCGACUAGAGCAGGCGAUAACCGGGCUGCUCCGUCGUGGCGUGUUAACGUUCCUGUGUUGUUCAGUGCCAGAAUGAGUGACCGCUAUUUAGAACAAAGGAUUAGUAUCAAAUUUUGCGUGAAAUUGAACAAGUCUGCAAGUGAGACCCACCAUCUUUUAAAAGAAGCUUAUGGGGAUGAAGUCAUGUCAAGGGCCAGAGUUUUUGACUGGCACAAAAGGUUUAAAGAAGGUCGGGAAGAUGUUCGAGAUGAUGCCCGAAGUGGGCGUCCAGUCACCCACCGAACAGAUGACAACAUCCAGAAGGUCAAGGACUUGGUUUGUUCAAACAGGCAGUUAACCGUGAGGAUGAUGGCUGAAGAGUUAAAUUUAGACAAAGAAACAGUUAGGCUCAUUUUGAAAGAAAACUUGAACAUGAGGAAGAUUUCUGCAAAAGUUAUUUCGGGUGUUUUGAAGGGUGAGCCUAAACCACAAAAACUUGACUUUCGGUCCGAUCUUUCAAAGGAAACUAGGAAAAAUAGCUCAUGUUUGAGGAAAAAGGUCUGCACGGUCGAUGAAUUUUCAACGAGCAGUGAUUCUGUUCCUCAUCUUUCAUUGCUUUAUGAGACUUCAGGGAAUGAAAGCAUAACAUCCUGCUUUCCCAUAAGUUCUCUGGCUGCUACACUGGCACCAAUUAAAGACAUGUCUAUGCAAUUAAUCAAAACCAAUUUGGAGGCACUCUGGCACUGCUCCUCUGAUGUACUGCCUGCUCCACAUACAGUAGUUCCUCAGCUGCGGUGAUGGAGCCAGGCACAUAGGAGCUUUUGAUGAACUGGCUGUACUGGCCCCAAGUGUUAACUAUGUCAUCUGACAUGACUAAUGAGGCUCCGGACUUGAUCCGCGUGAGUGGAGCAGCCCUGCUGUCUGGAGGAGGCUCAGUUUCCACAGCCAGCCUGGGAAGAGACUGCAACGUGCAGGGUACACACUGCAUCAUGUCAGCUGGAGUCCUGGAGGCCUCUAGUGUUGGAGCUGAGAGUCAUCCAUGGAGAGGGUGAUGGAAACUGUGGGCCAGGCUCUGUGUUGGGCGCCAGUGUGAAUGUGACCCAAUUUAAACUUCUAGCUUAGCCUCCUCAUUUUAGACCUGAAAAUCAAGACCCAGCAAAAGUGUGAGGCUUGCCAAAGACCUGAACUUUGGAGAGAGAAAUGAUGAAGAAAGCAUGGUCUCUGCCCUAGAUGAGAGGGAUCCAGGUCCGGCACGAUCAGGACCUGGGCUACAUGCAUCACAAGUUUGCCAUCGUGAACAAGAGGGUGCUCAUCACUGGCUCGCUCAACUGGACCACACAAGCCAUCCAGAACAACAGGGAGAAUGUUCUCAUCAUGGAGGACGACGAAAAAGGAAAAGUCACUGAAGCUGUGCCCCACCUGUCUCCAGAGCUGGAGGGAGAUUGCUUUCAUGGCACAGAACUUGCAGCACCUCCAGCCAAAACCAAACCUAACCAAGAAUGGGGUUGAGCCCUCCCUGCGGGCUGCUGUGCGUUCUGAGGGAGGGAGACCUCAGCACUAGAAAAAAAUCGUUAAACCAAAGUCUCAUCUAUUAGAAUACUAAAUUGAACUAAAGAAGGUUAGGAAAGGGAAAUUUCUGUUACUUCAGGUCAGUUAUUUCGGGCCAGACCUUUUUUUUGCCCCUUUGCCAAAAUAACUUCAGUCACGACCUGCCACCGGAUACUUUCAGGAGUGUGGUCCGUAUCUUGGUUUGGAAUUGAAGCUUCUGCCACAGCACAGAAAAGGCACAGUGCCUCUUCCAGGUCGAUCCCAUUCCCUUUCCUGAUUCUAGAAAAGCCUCUUCUGCUUUGGCUGACGUGGGUCCUUUCAGCAUCUCCCUGAGAGUUCGUCCCUCUCUCCAUGGGUUGGUUGGGGCCGACAGUCUCCUUGUCCCUCACAGUCUGCCCCUGUCAGAGCUCGGUCCUCAGAGUAGGGAAAGGAAAUGGAAGUCAGGAGGAAGGGAAGAUGUGAAUGUGCGGUGCAGGUGGCAAAAGCAGCCUUCGGGGCAACCCUGUGAGCAUCAUUGCCACCAAAGGCUGGCUGUUCCCUUGCUUCCUUGCAUAAUUGCUCUUUAAAACCAGUAUGCACGCCAGUGCCAGGCUCUGCAGCAGCCUGUCCUUGGGUAGUAAGUGCCGUGGUCUGUCAGGACUGAUGGCCAGCAGCUGUUUCUAUUUCCAUGUUGGGCUUUUAACUUUUUUUUUUUUUUUUUUUUUUUGAGAUGGCGUCUCACUCUGUGGCCCAGGCUGGAGUGCAGUGGCGCAACCUCGGCUCACUGCAUUCUCUGCCUCCUGGGUUCAAGCGAUUCUCCUGCCUCAGCCUCCCGAGUAGCUGGGAUUACAGAUGCCUGCCACAACACCUGGCUAAUUUUUUUUUUUUUGGUAUUUUUAGUAGAGACAGGGUUUCACCAUGUUGGUUAGGCUGGUCUCAAACUCCUGACCUCAAGUGAUCCACCCACUUCCGCCUCCCAAAGUGCUGGGAUUACAGGUGUGAGCCGCCACGCCUGGCUGGGCUUUUAACUUUUAACCUCCUAAUGUUUAAGGUAAUUUUGUUGUGUGUUUAGAAGUGACCUUACCUUUAACACCUGUGGAGUUAGUGCGUGCAUUGCUGGCUCAGCGUAACCCAACACGGGACUGGAGGAGAGGAGGGAAGAGGAGAGCAGCUUCAGGCUGUGGUGUCUCCCACGUCUGUGUUCUUAUUUGCAGCUCAGGGUUUGCAUUCCCAGGUAGAACAGGCGCCGUACACUUGGACCUGAUGUUUCUGAGUUGCCGGGUGACACAGGAUCUGUCUGUCUUCAAGAAGUCAGGGUUGCUUUUAGAUUUCAUUAUAUCAUAUCCCAACACCGUGGCACUGUCAGGGGACUUUUCCCCCAGCGCUUCUGUUGCAGCCUUGAGCUGCUCCUUCAACCUGCUGAUGUCACAGCCUUAGCCUUCGCGAUGCUGAGCUCUGUGUAGAUGUCUUUGUACUUGUCACUUGCGUGCUUGUUGUCCCGCAGUGCCGUCUGCAGCUCACCCUUGAGGGAGCUAAUCUCCUGUUUCAGGUACUAUAUUUCCGAUUCCUUUACCCGCGUAAGACCUCUAGUUCAUAGGCAUCUUUGCCCCGUGCAAGGGGUGACCCAGUGGCCUCCCCACCGCCGUCCCCAGUCAGCAGUGUCCGCAACCGUGUGAUCUCUGCAGCCAGGCGGUUGCUCAGCUCCUGGUUGUGGGCAUUGAGCUCCUGGUUCUCACGCUGGCACUGCCACAGGGCCUGCCGCUUGGCCUCCAGCGCCUGGGCCAGGGGGGCAUUCUCCAGGCACUUCUGCAAGUACUGCUCCGAGAGGACCUCCAGUUCCCGCUGCACCGACUGCAGCUCCUCCAGGUACUGGCGCCGCAGGGCCUCAACAUCCGAGUUGACGCUGCUGAUCUGGGACCACUGGCUCUUCUUCAGCUCCCGCUCCAUCUCCUCCUGGUGGGCGUUCUUCAUGGCUUCGAUGGCUGAGAUGGUGGCCGCUGUCUCCUCAGCUAGGAGGCGGUCUUUCUCUUCCCGAAGUUUCUCUAGCUCCCGCUGGUGCUGCCUCUGCAGAUCUUCAAUCUUCUUCUGGUGCAUUUCUUCCAUUGCUGCAAACCGUAGCCCUCACAGGCGCUCUGCUCCUGGCCCAGGGCCACCCUCAGCUGGUCCUGCAGGAGCCGGUUCUGCUCCAGAAGGUCUGAGGCCUCCUUCUGGCUCUGCUCCAGCUCCUUCUCGAGCCAAGAGGUCAGCUUGUGUGUGGAGAGCCGGUCACCCCCAUCUUCAGAAGACAGGUGGACGGGGGCGAUGGGCACCUUUAAAAUUUUUUUUAAAUUUUGUUUAUUAGUUUUAUUACAGACCUAGUCCUUUUUUUUUCUUUUAAGGAUAUUCCUGAAACACCAAGGUUCAGACAUUAUCUACUGACUUUGACCAAUGGAAGAUUUCUCUAAUAGCGCUUCCCUCCUCCGUUCUCUAAUAUAAUUGUAUCUACAAUUAUUGAACAA